UAUAAAAUUACUUUAUAUAUAAUGGAACCAGGUGGGGAGGAAAAUUGAAGCAUUACCAUUGGGCUCUACGAUCAUAAGAAUGCAGGCACUGCGGUGCGAUCCCUUAUUGAUCAGCCUAUUAAAGAUACCUUCAAGUCACACGAGAACUCACCCGACAAACUAAAGGAGAAAAAUGGAGCAAUUGAGGGGUACCGCAACCCGAUUUGAGACUCUACAACAGUAUCAUCAAAGAAGAAUCCUUCAGCUAGUCCUCCAAAUCAGCGCCAUGCUGCUGAAGAGAUUCCUGUAUGUGCUAUUGGCGCCAAAAGGAGAACAAAGAAAGGAACAGAUAAAGCGAAAAAGCCUAAAAAGAGCAAGAAUAACUCAGGAAAAAGGAAAAAGAGAAACUACGAGAGUAUUGCAAAGACCAAAGCAACCAAGGGACACUUCAAAUCUGGCAGAUGGACCAAAUUGGAGCAUUUCAAAUUUUUAGAAGCCCUUAAAAUGUUCGGAAAAGAGUGGCAAAAAGUACAGCAGCAUGUUUUCACUAGGACUUCUACGCAAGCAAGAUCGCAUGCUCAAAAAUUCUUUGUUAAACUGGACAAAAAGCAGCUUACUUUAGACGAAUUUUUGAAGAAACUCGACAUAGAGCAACUUAAAGUUGACCUCAAAUUAGGAGUCGAAGGUGACUCGACUGAAUACGAUGAGGACCAACCAUUGCUCAGAAUAGCUAAUCAAAAACUUAACUCCGUCAUGAAUAUAGCUCUUCCUGAUGAAAAGCAGAAGCAGAAAUUAGUAGAGCCGAGAGGAUCCUCUGAAAAUACUCAUAUCAUCGAGGAACACAAAUCGAACCCAAAUAUCAUCCCAGCUGUUGAAGAGGAAGGCAGGAAUACUUUGUGUGGUUCCAAAAGAUCUACCAAGCAGAGGAAGGCUAAAAUGAACCAUACUUUCCUGCACAAGAAAUACACCCAUACCUACGAGCAAGAGACAGCAAAAAGAAGAAAAACUGAAGCCGAAGAGGAAGCUAUUGUUGAAUGUGACGAUGAUACAAAGAUCAAGAUAGCCCCCUAUAUGAUCGAGGAUUACAAUGCAGAGACUCUUCAAAACGGAAACCAAGACAUCACUGGAGUCCAUGAUUAUGGGAACGAAAUGAGAAAGGACUCCCAUAUUGAAGACAUCCUUGAAGUCUCUGAAGAUCAAUUCCCAGAUGAAGGGAAUAAACCUUUCGAAUGUUUUACUCCGUGCCCGAUAGACAUCCACCAAGAUCACCAAAUAGAAGAUAUGAUAAAUGAAGAGGAUAAAAUUUGAAACGAGUUUUCUAUGAUGCAGCAAGACGAGCAGCUUGAAUCUCAAAUGAACCUCAUCUCCGAACAGAAUGAUCUGAAACUUGACAGCCUCCAUUUCUCCAUUCAAAAACCACCAAAACAUCAAGAAUCGUACAAGCUGAAUUUAGAAGACGAUGACGAACUGAACCUUGACCAGAACCAUGACUCACUAAUGGGAUCCCUGUUGUAG